AGGAUUUUUCAAUAAAUGUAUAUUUUUGUACCUUUUGCAGAAUCCACUUGCGGCAUUGAACAGUUCCGGUGCAACAACGGCAAGUGCAUACCCAACAAAUGGCGUUGCGAUCGGGAGAGCGACUGUGCCGAUGGCUCGGAUGAGGCACCCGGUCUUUGCAUGAACGUGUGCAACCACUUCACCUUCAGAUGCGACAAUGGGGAGCAGUGCCUGCCGCGCAGUUGGAUCUGCGAUGGGGACCCCGACUGUCGCGAUGGCUCCGACGAAUUAGAGUGUAGUAAGCAGAAAAGUUAUAGCUAAAUUUGCAUACGUACGUACUAACCCAGGAGGAUUUACGCUGGCCCACUAA